GGGGCACUGCCAGGAAAAGGCAAAUUCUUAAAGUUAGUGGUUUUAAGUGAUUUUUAAAAUCCUUGCUGGCAAAGAGGCCCGCCUCUCCCCACUAUCAGCGCUUCCUCAUUCUUUGAAUCCACGACUCCGCGGUAUUCGGCGUCAGCCCGGCCGGAGAAAGCCUGUUUGCAAUUUAACUGGGCUGUGAACGCCCAGGGUUGGCGGAGGCGGGCCGAGGAGGACUGUUUUGCAUAAAGGGGCGUGCCUUCGAGGCGGGCUCUAUAAGUACUGGUCUCCGGGAGCGUGCGCGCGUUGCAAGCUGCACUAGAGUCUCUUUUGGCUUUUUCCGCCCUUUCGGCACCUCUAACUUCAUUCCUCAAUAUGAAGGCUCUAAGUCCGGUGCGCGGCUGCUACGAGGCGGUGUGCUGUUUGUCGGAACGCAGCCUGGCCAUCGCACGGGGCCGCGGCAAGGGCCCGGCAGCCGAGGAGCCGCUGAGCCUACUCGACGACAUGAACCACUGCUACUCGCGUCUGCGGGAACUGGUACCCGGAGUCCCGCGAGGCACUCAGCUUAGCCAGGUGGAAAUCCUGCAGCGCGUCAUCGACUACAUCCUCGACCUGCAGGUGGUCCUGGCCGAGCCCGCCCCUGGACCUCCAGACGGCCCGCAUCUUCCCAUCCAGACAGCCGAGCUUUCUCCGGAACUUGUGAUCUCCAAUGAUAAGAGGAGUUUCUGCCACUGACCUGGCGGUCCUGGCGCCUCCAGAACGCAGGUGCUGGCGCCCGUUCCGCCUGGGACCCCAGGAUCCUAUACAGCCGGAAGCCCGAGGGCAUGGAUGGGCCCCAACCUCUCCCUGACCACUCGACUUCCCCAAGCCCCUGCCUCGAGGCUGGACCUGGUGCCCGGGAGCGAAGGACUGUGAACUUGGGUGGCCUAAAGAACCAGAGCUAGCUCUCUGGGCACCAGCUGGGCAACGUCACCCAGUCCUACCCUACCCCCAAGAUUUAAAGACUGUCUUUCAGAGUGUGGGGGGGAGUGGCUGCUCUCCAAACUCUGCCAAGGCAGCGGUAGAGCUGGUCUUCUGGUCUCCUCGGAAAAAGGCUCUGUUGCCCUGAUUAUGAACUCUAUAAUAGAGUAUAUAGCUUUUGUACCUUUUUGCAGGAAGGUGACUUUCUGUAACCAUGAGAUGUAUGUUAUUAAACUUUUUAUAAAAGUUAACAUUUUGCAUAAUAAACAGUUUUUAAACACU